CCAACACCCUUUUUUUUAGCGUAAAUUGUAUUUAUUUACAUGAAUAUGGUGAUAUAGAAUAGAGAAAUCAGAAUUGGAUUUUUCAUGUUUGUUGUUUGGCAUUAAUAAAGGAAUAUACAAGAGCAGGAAAAAAUGUCAGCAAGAAAAGCGACCAAGCCGUCCAAUGCCAGUCAGGAAGAUUCAGAAGACUACUGGAAUAAAUCUGCACUCACAAAAUUUAAUUUCGACGAUGAAGAAGAUGAAGACACAAUAGAAGUUACUAAUUGGGAUGGAUCUUCUGCUAAUCCUGAUAGACCUCAUUCUCAAACAUCACAGAAGACCAAGGCAUCAACUAUUGCAACCGCGGUUUCAGCUCGUGCUUUUCGAGGAAAGACUGGCUCAGCUUCUCAGUCUGUAAAAUUCUCUGCUCGGGGAGGAGCGUCUAUGAGUAAUAGUGUUGUGUCGCCACUGGAAUCAAGUAAAAAUGAAACACCUCAAGGAGUAUCAACAACUGUCUUAGCAAAACUAGAAACAGAAAGAAAUACAUUGAGAAAACAAUUAACCCAAGCAAAACGUGAAAGAGCAACAGCGCCCUCUAAACAAGAAACUUUGAAAAGAUUCAUGCUCGGUGAAUCUGUCGUAAAAGAACUGUAUCGUUCAGUUGAAGACAAGACAGCGUUAUUAGAUGCUGCAAUAAGAAGACAUGAUGGAAAUGCGAUUCUGUCUAUAACAUUAUUCAUGAGAAAUACUUUAAAACGAGAACUUUUCAGUAAAGAGCUUAUGAGUCGUCCAGUCGCUGUCGAUCAUUAUUGUGCUUAUUUACAAGCUAUAUCCGAAAUUGAAGAAUUGCAUGAAAUAUUAAUGGUCCUUGGUCGAACUGAGGAAGCGGCCAUGUUGAAAUACAGACAUUGUUUGAAAUGUGCCAGAUCACCGGAAGUUCGAAUGAAUGCACUCAAAGACUGUAUAAAAUACUACUUUGAUUCCGAUCCUCGACUUGCUAAUGAAACAAGAGAAAUUCAAGACCAAGUGUCAUUGCUGAAUCGGCAAAAUAUUAUUGACGAUAACGACAGUAAAACUCAAGAAUCCGAAAAACCUUCAGUUUUUAAAACUCAUCCAAGAAGAGAGAAUCUUACAAACAAAUCUGUUAUAACGACGUUAUAUUAUUGUUGUUAUUAUCAUUGGGGAGAACCAGAGGGUAUCCUAAGCAGUCCUCAAUCUAUAAAAAAUGAAUACAGAGUAGCUGAGAAAGCUUUUGUUUAUACAGCCAUAGCUGCAUUGUGUCGGAUGAGAAAGUGGAGAGACUUGGAGCAAGUGCUUACAAUACCAAAAUCAUUAUUCAGAGGUCCAAGGUUACAUGCUGUUAUGGGAUUCGAUAAAGUUGUCGAUGUUCUAAGUAAAAAUCUGGCACCUCCUGAUGCGAUUCAGAAAUAUUGUGCUGAGAUUGAAACAUCCGAUAUGAGACUAGAAAUGGCUCAAAAGCUAAAAUGCCACAAAGUUGUUAUUGAUACACUUGUAUACCAGAAAGAUCGACAAAGACUCAUGUCCUAUUUAAACUAUAUACCUGAUACAAAUCAACAUAUGAGACAAUAUUUGUUAAGUGAAUCAAGGAAACCGGAAACCAAAUGGAAGAAUUGAUCUUUAUCAGAUAAAUAUCUCAGGUGCUGAGGAAGUUCCAUUAGAAACAAAGUUAUGUGAUCUGCGAAACGAUUUUAACAAUUCAAUUCUUUAUUUUAUUAUUGCACAAUUCACAAUCAUUUGUUUUGCCUAUUUAAUUAUAUCUAAUCAUGUUUUGUGGUUGUUUUUCAAAUGCAAAUCUCUACGAUUUCCGAGUGUCUGUAGGGUGCAGAUUGUUUCGGGAUAGGUCUGUAAAAAUUAAUUAAUGACAUGUUGGACCAUGUUUUUUUAAAUAUGCUUAUGUAUCGCUAAUGCUGUGCUGACAUUGGAUGGCACCUGAAUUUGACUUAAAGAGUUCUCGACUGUACUGGUUGUUGAAAAAAAACAGUAGUACCUACAUACCUCGUUUGGGGCCUUAAUUUUUUUCAGGCGAUUUAUGGUCAAAUCCAAUGGAAUACCGCAUUCUUCAAGUUUUUUCAUUGGCCGAUUGGUACUUAUUUUAAAAAAUCUUUGAAUAUAGAUCUAUGGAUGGGAAACCAUUAGGGCUGGGCGUUCUUGAAUACCGAAUCAUUUCAGAAUCAAUUUUUUUUGUGGAAUCAAAUCUCAAACACUAAGAGAUAUGUAUGUGACAUUUUUAAUUAUAAGGGGUCUAAUAAAAACAAAUAUUGAAAGGAUUCACUCCGACGUUUGGCAGACUCAAAAUACAAGAUGGCAGCGAUUCGAAAUUCUGUCUGAACCGAUUUGAAUUAUUCACCCUCCGAUUCGAAGUGCCCAGCCCUAGUAACCAUCCAUUCCAAAUUAAUAUAAGACUUUAUUUCAACUCGGUGUGCAGUUAAAUAGAGAUGUUCUUCUCCUACCUCAUACAAUGUUAUUGCACUGCUGAUUAUGGCAGUAAUAGUAUAUACAGCAAAUGCAUCCACAAUGCCUCGGGAAGCAAAUGUUUAUUUAUCCCUUAUUAGGUUUGGGGGCUAAUAUUAAAAAUAAAAGGUUGUUUAUCUGGGGAUCCAUUCUGUUGUGGGGCACUCUGCUUCAGGACUUUAAGUUUCAUUGAUUAAUGGUUCCAACUAAUCGAUAUCCAUGAUUUUUUUCUGUUUCUAUACAGCUUUCACGCAAGAUUUAUAUACUACACUGCUCCUGACUGUGCUAUCCUUUCCGUAUUCUUAGCAUUAAUUGCUUGCUACUAAUUCAAAUAUAUAUCUGUGUCUUUAUUUUAUCAAUACUAAGUAAUGUUAUGUCAAGGAUUUCUCAUUUAUUUUGUAAGCGAUGGAAUGUUGAAGACAUUUUGAAUUUCACAACGUGAAUCCGUUUAUAUCACAGGCUGCCAAUGAUAGAUGAUAACCUCAAUUC